AUGUCUUUAAGAGAAUCAAAAUUAGAAAAGGAUCCUGUUCAAAAGCAUCAUUUCAGCUAUUUGCAUUUUUUUACUGGAGCUUUUUCAGGUGCUCUUUCAAGAACAUUGACUAACCCAUUAGAGAGACUAAAGAUAUUAAGACAAUGCACAACAGCUGAGUAUCAAGGAUUGACAAUAAUGCAAUCAUUUGCUUUCAUGUGGAAAGAAGAAGGCUUUAAAGGAUUCUUUAAAGGCAAUGGUACAAACAUAAUAAGAGUGGCACCAUUCUCUGCAUUUGAGUUCUUCUUUUAUGAAUUCUACAAACAUUUAUUCUACAGAGACAGAUCAGCUACAGACUUCUCAUCAAAGUUAAUUUGUGGAGGUCUUACUGGUAUGACAGCAUCAACACUAACAUACCCCCUUGAUUUGAUCAGAACAGUUUUAACAAUUUAAGUUAGAGAAGACACAAGAAAUCUUGGUAUUUGGGGAUGUGGCAAGAAAAUUUAUUUGACUGAUGGUCUAAUAGGUCUCUAUAAGGGCUGGUUCGCUACUAUGGGGAUGGAUGGACAUGAAUCAUAUAAAGGGGUUGUUGAUGUCAUUAAUAAGAUCGUUGAAAAAGAGGGUCCAAAAGGACUUUUCAAGGGUCUCGUACCUUGCUACUUGAAAGUUAUACCUGCUACCGCUAUACUUUUCAUGACAAAUGAGAGACUAAAAAAAUGGUUACAAAUUUGA